AUGGCUGCUGGAGGGGCCAGGGGUCCUGGCCAGCUGCCAGAGAGUGCGCGGGAUCUGUGGUCAAGUCUGGGUUGGGUUGUGACGUACCCAAUACGGCUAAUCUACACCUACAUCUUCCUGAGGCUGUUCAGGAACCCAAAUCCUGCGAUUACUCUGAAGGAUCCUGACGUGAAGUAUGCAUUGAGGCUGAUAGAUAAGGAGGAAGUUAGCCAUGACACAAGAAGAUUUCGAUUUGCUCUCCCUUCCAUAGAUCACGUUCUGGGUCUCCCUGUAGGACAGCAUAUCUACCUGUCUGCACGGAUUGAUGGAGCGCUGGUUGUUAGACCUUACACUCCAGUUUCCAGUGAUGAUGACAAGGGCUUUGUGGAUCUUGUUGUCAAGAUCUACUUCAGAAGUGUCCAUCCGAAGUUUCCUGAUGGAGGGAAGAUGUCACAAUACUUAGACAGCCUGAAGAUAGGAGAUACUAUUGACUUCAGGGGACCAAGUGGCCUGCUUGUCUACAAAGGAAAAGGCGAGUUUGCUAUUCGGCCUGAAAAGAAAGCUGAACCAGUUACUAAGAAGGUGAAAUACGUGGGGAUGAUUGCAGGUGGGACUGGGAUAACGCCUAUACUGCAGAUCAUUCGAGCAAUCAUAAAAGACAAAGAUGACCCUACAGUUUGUCAGCUGCUGUUUGCUAAUCAGACGGAGAAGGAUAUCCUGUUGCGUUCCGAGCUAGAGGAGAUCCAGGUUCAGCAUCCUGGUCGCUUGAAGUGUUGGUACACACUGGACAGAGCACCUGAAACUUGGGAUUACAGCGAAGGAUUUGUGAACCAAGAGAUGAUCAGAGACCACCUGCCCCCACCUCAAAACGACGUUCUGAUCCUCAUGUGUGGACCUCCUCCAAUGAUCCAGUAUGCUUGCAUUCCCAACCUGGACAAACUGGGCUACACCAAGGACAUGAGGUUCUCCUUCUAAAGAAGACUGAUAAUUCAGUGAUCUUGUGUAGAAGGGAAGAAAAAAACGUUUAAUGGGGAACAGGACAGAGUUACAGGGAUGGCUGAUGCACAGUGCUGGGAAGCUACAUUCACGUUUAAAAUGCUUCAUUUUU